AUGAAGUAUUACUUUCAGUAUUCUGGAUCUAACAGUGCUGAGUUUGGUGCUGUGCAUAAAUGUGUCAAGCGUCUGGAUGGCUGUCUCUAUGCCAUUAAGCGGUUGAAAAGACCUCUGUCUGGGUCAACUGAUGAACAGAUAGCGCUGUGUGAAGUGUAUGCACAUGCUGUGCUGGGACAUCACCCCCAUGUGGCGCGUUACUACUCGGCAUGGGCAGAGGAUGAUCACAUGCUCAUUCAGAAUGAGUACUGCAAUGGUGGCAGCCUGGCAGACAUAGUGAUGGAGAACCUGCAGAAAGGAACUUCACUUUCUGAAGGAGAAUUGAAGGAGAUUCUGCUGCAAGUAUCCAUUGGCCUGAAAUACGUCCACAAUUCUGGCCUGGUCCUUAUGGACGUGAAGCCAAGUAAUAUUUUCAUUUGUAAAAAAAUGAUUGAUGCUAAGUCUGGAUGCUUGGAAGAAGACAGUGAUAUUGACGAAGAUGGUGUUUUGUUUACAAAUAUACUACACAAAAUAGGUGACCUUGGCCAUGUGACCUCAAUUUCAAAUCCAGUGGAGGAAGGAGACUGCCGCUUCUUAGCCAAUGAGAUAUUACAAGAGGACUAUUCUAAUUUGCCCAAAGCGGAUAUUUUUGCCCUGAGUCUGACCAUCACCUUGGCUGCAGGAGUGGAAAGACUGCCUCACAAUGACAUGGCUUGGCAUUACAUCAGAAAUAGCAACCUUCCCACAAUACCUUUGCAGUUGUCACAUGAAUUUUACGGUCUAUUGAAGUUGAUGGUUCAUUCAAAUCCAAUUGCGAGGCUUUCAGCAGCUGCCCUCACCAAACAUCCCACACUUCGCAGAACAAUGGGAAAAUCAGCAGCACAGCUCCGUAAGGAGUUCAACGUAGAAUGCUUCAGGACUGCCAUGUUAGAAAGGGAGCUGAUGAAAGCUCAGCUGUUGCGCCUUCCCUCGGACAGACCUCACAGAGUCCUCCACCCUUGGAAGAAGGACCUCCUGCCAGGGACGAAGAACCAACGGUUGGUGGGAGGCAGACACAAUUGGUCAGUGAGCUUCAACUGUGGUGCCUACUGA